GUAAUGUACUAGUUUCAUCACUGAUUUCGGUAGUCGCGUCACUGAUUCCAUGGAUCCUUCGCCGCAGAACUCUUCCUCCGCCACCGGUAACGGCGUUCUCUCCACCUCCGCUUCGGCCACACCCAGCCCCGCCCCCAACCCUACUUCAGGCGCCGCCUCCGACCCCGCAGAGGAGGCUAAGCAGAACCUCAACCAGGUCAUCAACUCCAUCGACAAGACCCUUGGUCUCCUCCACCAGCUCUACAUCACAGUGUCCUCCUUCAGCGUCGCCUCGCAACUCCCUCUCCUCCAAAGACUGAACGCCUUAGUAGCGGAGUUCGAUGCGAUGCAGAAGAUGGCUGACAAGUGUAACAUUCAGAUCCCUUUGGAGGUCGUCAGUUUGAUUGAUGACGGGAAGAAUCCAGAUGAGUUCACUAAGGAUGUGAUAAAUAAUUGUGUUGCCAAGAACCAGGUAACCAAAGGAAAGUCCGAUGCUUUUAAGAGCCUUCGAAAGCAUCUCCUUGAGGAGCUUGAUCACGCUUUUCCUGAUGAAGUAGACAUGUACAGGGAGAUCCGUACUUCUGCCGCUGAAUCAAGGAGACCAGCACAAUCCCAGCAUACUUUGCCAAAUGGAGAUGUGAAAGUAAAACCAGAGCACUGAAGAACUUGGAUUCUGUAUUUUCCUGUGCUAAUAGUAGUAAAAACAAAGCACGGUAAUGAUUUAAAUGAAGCUAAGUAUCUGGCAUGUAGAUAUAGCAUGUUAGUAACCCCAAACAAUUAUUAUAUAGUUUAAGAAAUAUGUAAGAAAUGCUUAGCUCUAUCAUAAUGCAUGUUUUAGAGAGGAAA